CCAAGUGCAGGGCACUAACUGCAGUAGGCAGAAAGGGGUCAGACAAGCCUUGGAGAAGGCGAGGUCUGGAGCUCUGAGCCCAGGUCAGAAGCAGGGCAAGGUUAACCGGCCUGAGGGGAGGCUGCAGUUGAACAGGAAAACAGGUAGCAAGAGUCCUGGCCCCUCGACAGGACAAGAGAAACCUUGAAGCAAUCGAGUGCUUUAGUGUUGGGGACAGAAUCCAAGGCCCACGUUGUAAAUGCCAGGCAAACCGUCAGAAGACAAGCCAAUGGAAGUAUCCGCUGUAGAGGAUGGAGGUGAUGAAGGCCUGGGAGGCCUGACGGUAGAGGAGCUGCAGCAGGGUCAGGAGGCCGCUCUGGCCUUGGAGGACAUGAUGGCUCUGAGUGCCCAGACCCUGGUCCAAACUGAGGUGGAAGAGCUGUACGAGGAAGUGCGUCCCCUGGGCCAGGGCCGGUUCGGCCGUGUCCUGCUGGUUACUCACCGCCAGAAAGGAACACCCCUGGCACUGAAGCAGCUUCCGAAGCAAUCCACUUCCCUCCGUGGCUUCCUGUAUGAGUUCUGCGUGGGCCUCUCACUUGGCACGCAUUCGGCCAUCGUGGCAGCCUAUGGCAUUGGCAUUGAGUCAGCCAGUUCCUACAGCUUCCUGACAGAACCUGUUCUCCACGGGGACCUCAUCACCUUCAUCCAGCCCAAGGUGGGUCUCCCACAGCCAGCAGCCCAGCGCUGUGCAGCCCAGCUGGCCGCUGCCCUGGAGCACAUUCACUCGCAUGGCCUGGUGUACCGGGACUUGAAGCCAGAGAACGUGCUAGUGUGUGACCCAGCCUGCCAGCGCGUCAAGCUGACAGACUUCGGCCACACCCGGCCCCGAGGGACCCUGCUCCGACUCACUGGCCCACCUAUCCCCUACACUGCCCCUGAGCUCUGUGCCCCACCACCCUUCCCCGAGGGACUGCCCAUCCAACCGUCCCUGGACGCCUGGGCUCUAGGGGUCCUGAUCUUCUGCCUCCUUACUGGCUACUUCCCCUGGGACCAGCCUCUGGUGGAGGUUGACCCUUUCUUCGAGGACUUUCUCAUCUGGCAGGCUUCUGGUCAGCCCCAAGACCGGCCACAGCCCUGGUAUAGCCUAUCACCUGCAGCAGACACUCUCCUAUGGGGGCUGCUAGAUCCUCACCCCCGGAAGCGGAACCCUGUGAGCUCCGUCAAGAGCUAUCUAGGCCAACCCUGGAAGCAGAGGGAAGGGGAGGCUGAGGAAUUGGCAAAGGAGCUGAGAGAAGAUGGGUGGAGAGGAGGACAGGAGGCUGCGAAGGGGGAGCAACCUGCAUGCUGAGACCUGCUUAGCCUGAGCUGACUGGCUGUGGCCUCUUCUUGGUUUUUGCUCUAUCUAUAUCUCAUCUGUCCUGUGUGUUGUCUGUGCCCCUCCUUUAUGCUCCUUUAUGUACCUGUGU